AUGGAUUGUCCUGCUGUUCCGAAACCUCAGUCAGCUUCAACCUCCGCCGCCUCUCCGCCGAUGCCGGAGGUGGAGGCCAAACGCGAGGAACGGGUGAAGGAGAUGGUGCACAGGACAAAAGUGAUUCAGUUUUUGGGGCGAAAGGCACCUAUUGUUCUCCAAAAUGAUAAUGGCCCCUGCCCUCUUCUCGCUAUCUGUAAUGUUCUUUCACUAAAGAACAAUCUGAAUUUAAGUCCAGAUAUUUCUGAGGUUUCACAGGAGAAACUGCUCUCGCUUGUUGCUGAGCGUUUGAUUGAUGCGAACACUGACAUCAAUAACAAAGACACUGGUUAUGUUGAAAAUCAGCAGCAGAAUAUUGCGGAUGCAAUUGAUUUACUUCCUAGACUUACAACCGGGAUCGAUGUGAAUGUAAAAUUUAGAAGAAUUGAUGAUUUUGAGUUCACUCCGGAGUGCGCGAUAUUUGACCUACUGGACAUUCCACUCUACCAUGGAUGGAUUGUUGACCCUCAGGACCAUGAAACUGCUGAUGUUAUUGGUUCUAAAUCUUAUAACACUCUCAUGGGGGAGCUCGUCUUUCUAGAAACAAAAAACAUAGAGACCGAACAGAAAAAGAAUUCAGAAGAUGACAGUGUUGAUUUUGUUGCUGCGACAACUGCAGCUCUUGGUGUACCUUCUCCAAGCCUCUCAAGAGUCCAAUCCUUUGACGAAUCUCCACAUGCAGCAAGGAAGGGGGAUAUUGAAGAAGAAGCUGAGUUAUUAAGAGUUUUGAAAUUAUCAGAAGGGAAAACAUCUUCUUUAACUGAGGGUGUAGUUGCUGAUCUGAAUGUGCAUGAAAACUCACACAUUAAGAAGUCUGAACCGGUCACAAAUUUGGAAACAGUGGAAGAACGAGUUACUGAUGAAACUGUAAAGAAUGAGUUAUUGAUAACUGGUGAUAGCGAUACUCUGAAUGAUUGCCAUCUGAAUCUAAAAUCUGGUGAAGUUCCACCAAUAGCUAUCGAUCAGGAGAACGGAUGUACCCAAACAAUCAGGGAAGAAUGUAGUGAAACUAUAGUUGGUUCUGAUGCAGGGAUAGAGAAUGGGAAACAUCAACCUGUAUCAUUUUUGCAAGAUCCUCCUGCUUCUAGCAACUCACAUGAUAAACCAAGGAGUAAUGAACAUACUCCAAAUGAAUCCAUCAUUCCCUCUGACCCAGAUGAACCAAGAAAUCAUCAAAAUGCUUGUGUGAUCAGAGAUACGUCUAGCUCGUUGAAUGCUGUUGCAGAUUCAGAUGCACCUAGUGGACAAAUGCAUCAUAUAUGUGAACGUGAAACCUUGUCUUCCAGUGUUGCCAGCAAUGAACCCAUUUACGAAGGUGAAGAGUGCAUAUUGGACUCAGGAAGUGUAGCGUAUGAAAACCGAGAGCCUGUUUAUGAAGGCGAGGUGGUUCUUGCAGAACAAGUAGAUCAGGAUUCUAUAGACAGCAGUGGCCUUAGCAACAAGGCUUUGUCUGUAAAACAAGGUGAAAUCAUCCGGAACUUCAUGAAGAAUAGUGCGAAUCAGUUGACUGUGUAUGGCUUAUUUUGCUUACAAGACAAAGUGAAGGAACGUGAGAUUUGUGUGUUUUUCAGGAAUAAUCACUUCAACACCAUGUUUAAGUAUGAAGGCGAGUUGUACAUUUUAGCAACAGACCAAGGUUUCAUUAAUCAGCCUGAUUUGGUGUGGGAAAAGUUAAAUGAGGUGAAUGGUGAUACUGUGUACAUGACCAGCAAUUUCAAGGAAUUCAAGAUGGAGGACCAUUCCAACAGCACAUGGGAUGAACAAAAUGUCUUGGCCAGUACUGCAGACUAUCUUGCGAGCAUUGAUAAUACCAACGAAAAUUCAAAUUUCAAUUCUGAUUUGCAGUUGGCAAUAGCUCUCCAGCAACAAGAAUUUGAUCAACAGCAGCAGGUACAACAGCCACAGCAUCAAAUGCAACAGCCAGCCACCAGUGGUGGCUCAAGACUGGUAACUGGUCCUCAGGUUCCGCGCAGUAGUGGGAAGCACUCAUCCUCCUCUAAGCAUGAGUCAAAAUCCAAAGAGAAGUGCAAUAUAAUGUGA